CCCGCGGCCAAAGAUGGCUGUAAUUUCGAGCUGUCACAGGCUGGCCUCUAUGAGCGCUCUCCGUUGAAAUACUCGGCCGAGAGCUGCACCGGAUUCUUGCAUUCGAUCAGGACGGGCGGGGAGCGAGCGGCGGCAUGGCGGCCAAGCCCCUGGUGCUGCGGGUGAAGAGCCAGCAGGGUCACUUCCGUCUGGACACCCUGACCGGAGAGAGCACGGUGGAAGAGCUCAAGGCCUGCCUGUUCAGCCUGACGGGCAUCCCACCCCCGGCCCUGCGCGUGCUGGCCGACUUCCCGCCCCGGCCCCUGGACUGCUCCGACGAGCUCCGCCAGCUGGGUUCUUUCCCGGUCCGCUCCGGGGACACCCUUAUCGUCGAGGAGCAGCGGCCUCGCACGCCACAGGGCGUCGUCCGCAACCCGCAAGCGGCGGCCCGUAACCCCUCGAGCGGCGCCCGCUCCCCCGCCCAAGUGUCCGAGCCGGGGGUGCUACUCCGACGCUCCGUGCCCGCCGACAACUCCUGCCUCUUCACGAGCGUCUACUUGGCACUCUCCGGGGGUGACUACGACGCCGCUGCGGGUGCUGCCCUGCGCCAGGUGAUAGCAGAUGCCGUGGCCGCCGACCGCGAGACAUACACAGAAGCUUUCCUGGGACGCCCCAACCGAGAAUACUGCACCUGGAUCCUCAACGAGGACCACUGGGGUGGGGCCAUCGAGCUGGCCGUGCUCAGCCGCCACUACGACCUCGAGAUGGUCGCCGUGGACGCGCAGAGCGCCCGCCUUCACCGCUUUGGCGAAGACCGAGGCUAUGACCAGCGCAUCUUGCUCCUCUACGACGGCAUCCACUACGACCCUUUGGUCCUCGAGCCCCUGGAGCCCGGAAGGCCGCCGCAGACGCUCUUCUCGGCUCACGACGACACGGUCUUGGCCCUGGCUCUUGAGCUGGCCAGGGAAGCCAAGGCCAGCCGUCAGUACACAGAUGUGCGCAACUUCACACUGCGAUGCCUCGCAUGCGACAUGGGGCUCGUCGGGCAGGACCAGGCGAGGAAGCACGCUGCCGAGACGGGCCACCUGGGCUUCGGCGAAGUCUGAGUGCAUCACUCGCGCUGUUUCCACCUCAUCGUUGGCUCAUGGCACCUUGCCGGACAAUCUCGUAAGGGCUUCUGUCCUGGCUUCUCGCUGUCUGCUUUCCCGAUCCUCUUUCUUUUCGGUCGUGUAGCGUGGGAAGUGGACAUGACUGUUGGCAGACGACUUCGGAAGGUGAUUUUGGCGGAUGAUUUCUCAGCCAUCUGGGAAGUGAGCCAGCGACCCUGUGCGCAUAGCCCGAAUCUCUCGUCAUUUGCGGUUUAGGACGAAAUACCCACGGACUACACUGGCGUAAGGACAGCGUUUUGGCUACAGAGGAUGGAUUACUCACUUCUGUGCGGAGCGGCUGCUAGUGUUCCUUAGUAUUUGCAGAUUUUUUUCUGAGCUAGCGGCAACAUAAUUUUUUUGUUGUGUAUAAAGAUCUAUAGUCAGUGAGAGGUUAAGAGUUCAGGGGGACUCCUCCCAUCACUUUUCACUUGAGCAGACCAAACGCUGGAGAGGAAUUUGCCUCUUUUCCAGCAUUCGUUCUGCUAAAGUAUGUGGAAAGUGGCGGCAGGAGUUCCCUUUAAUUCUUAACCUGUGACCGAAUAUAAUUAGUUUAAAAAAUAUACAAGACUGCUCGUAUUGCUUUGUGUCCAAAGGCCCUUUGUAUGAGGCAUCAAAAACACUCUAACAAUAUAUUUGGUAAAAUAAAAUAAUGUUGAAACAUGUUGUGGGGCGGAAUCAACAGUUGCAGAAAGCACCCGAAAUAGCAAAGUGAAUUAUACUAAUAAUAAGAAACUAUGCAUACAGAA